UAACAGGACAUGUGUGAAUGUGUACCAUCCAAAACGCGUGAAAUCACAGAGGCCAAACUCUGAAGCUCGAGACUUUGUCCAUCUAUGGCGCUUCUGUCGUCUUCUUCGUCGUCUCUGGGUAUGCAGAAGGGGAUUUUUGUCUCUGUACCGGUUCUCGUUCUCUCUGUCUCGUUUGCGGCGGCGAUCUUCUUCUUCCUUUUGUCUUCUCUCUCGUCGUGCUCGUGUCCCGCAUCUCUCUCCUCCCAGAACGGCGCCAUUAUCUCGAACGGCGGCGGAGAUUUGAGGAGCGGCUUUACGAGAUUGGACGAGAGGAUAUCGACGACGGAAGAGGAUAUAGAGUGGGUUAAGGAUCUGAUCAGAUCGAACGGUCUGCAUAUGCGGGACAAUGUGCUGCGGAAAGGGAUCAAUCCUCGCACCAGGGCCCAGCAACUUGAAGAUCUGAGGAAUUACAAGGGUAUAUCUCACUACGAAGGAGAAGAAGCAAACAACCACACAGCUCUUCCAUGCCCGGGUGAGUUGCUCGUCGAGGAACACCAUAGCAACUAUGGAGAACCCUGGGCUGGAGGGCGUGACGUAUUUGAGUUCCUUGCUGAAUCCGCCCACCUCAAACCCGACUUCCGUGUCCUGGAAAUCGGAUGUGGCACCCUUCGUGUCGGUCAGCAUUUCAUCCGCUAUCUCGAUCCCGGGCAUUUCCAUUGCCUCGAAAAGGACGAGCUUUCUCUAAUGGCUGCCUUGAGGUAUGAGCUUCCUUCUCAAGGUCUCCUUCAUAAACGGCCUCUUAUAGUGAGAGGUGAUGAUAUGGAAUUCAGCAAGUUCGGUUCAGAUGUCGUAUACGAUUUGAUAUACGCUAGUGCAGUUUUCCUCCACAUGCCCGAUAAACUCGUUUGGUCCGGGCUCGAAAGGCUAGUAGAUAAGUUGAAGCCCGACGACGGGAGAAUCUUCGUGUCGCAUAAUAUAAAAUUCUGUUCGAGGUUAGGAGGCGAUGAAUGCACAAAGAGACUAGCUAGUUUAGGGCUCGAGUAUAUCGGGAAGCAAACGCAUGACAGCUUGUUGUUUAACCACUACGAGAUUUGGUUCGGGUUUAGGCGUAUCAAAGCAUAAGCUGUUGCAGAGAUUUCAAGUCCGUUUGAUUCCUUGCUCUCUCACGAACUCAGCGGUAUGGUCACCAUGGUUGGUUGCUCUUUCGGUGUACUGUUCCUCCUGCACGACAUGUUCAGAUUAAUGUUUCUUUCUCUUACAGAGAAUCACAGGGGAACGAGCAUCAGCAAGUAGCAAAGUGUUUGUAUCACCUCCUUCUGUGAUGAUGAUGAUGAUCGAUAUUCAUGUAUUAACAUUAGCCCAUGAUUUGAAAUGGCAGUUUUAAUUUGUUCAUAUA